AUGAAAAAACAGUUAUCUGCAUUAGUUGGAGUAUCAGAUACUACCAUUUUGCGAAUCCUACAUGACCACCUGGGUGUGACAAAAGUCAGUGCAAGAUGGGUACCGAGAAUGCUUACGCCACUUCAGAAACAGCAACGCGUCGAUGCGUCAAAACAAUUUUUGGAGUUGUGUGGAGACGAACCUGCUCAGAUUUUGGAGCGGAUUGCUACCGGAGAUGAAACAUGGGUUCAUCACUUUGAGUCUGAGUCCAAACAAGAGUCCAUGCAAUGGCAUAAAAAGGGGACACCACCGCCAAAGAUAUUCAAAGUGUCGGAGUCGGCUGGAAAGUUGAUGGCUCUUGUGUUUUGGGAUUUCUUGAAAAAUAUUUCUCAGGACAUUGAUAAUUUAACUGUAGCUGAAGCUCAUUUCUGUGAUACUGAGUCAUGUAACCACCUUAUGAAUACGUCAAGUAAUAAUUCUUUAAACAUUAUCACUCAGAACAUUCGUAGUAUUUAUAAGAACAUUGACAAUUUCAUUGUCCACUUAUCGAGACUAAGUGUGACGGCUGACGUCAUUAUCCUAACAGAAUGUUGGCUUUGUGAACAUAAACCACCGCCUGCUAUGAAUGGCUAUACUUAUUACUUUUCUAAAAUUCUGCAUAAUCAGAAUGAUGGUAUCGUUAUCUACGUUAGGGAUGGUUUGCGUUGUGCUUUUUCGGAGCCGGAGGGACACGGUGGAAAUUUUGCGGUUUUAAAACUAAAUCCAGAUAUAGUUCUUAUAUGUACAUAUCGAUCCCCCUCUUUUUAUAACGCAGAUACAUUUCUUGACUCUUUGGACGGUAUUAUUAGGCCCAUUCGCUCUGCUAACGUAUGUUUGUUGGGUGACAUGAACAUUGACAUCAAGCGCGGAAAUAAUGAUAGAAAUAGCUCGUCAUAUCUCAAUCUAAUGGCGGAACUCGGACUUCUUCCAGGUCAUUACUUUCCAACGAGAGUUAAUAAUUGUUUAGACCAUAUACUGAUUAAAACAAAAUUUGGUGCUACUGUCAUUGUAAUGGAUUCCACUGUUACUGAUCAUGCCUCAGUUUUGCUUAGCUUAUCUUUAGGUACCCCGAAACUACCUAGCGAUGGUUACUAUGUUAGGACUAAUCUGGAUGCUGCCUUAGACUAUAUAAAAAACACCGAUUUCUCAUUUAUUACGCUAUCCACUAAUGCCGAUUUGGCUGCAUCUUCUUUCGUUGAAAAACUUUCCUUUGCUAUUAUUACUAGUACCUCAAAAGAGAUCAAAAUCCCUGUAGAAAAAGAAUUAUUAAGCCCUGGAUCACCCCUGGCACAUUUUAUGAAAAUUUGCUAUAAAAGGUACAGAAAUUUUUGUAAUUCACUAAUAAGAAAACUAAAAAUCCAAUACGAAAGAUCCUUAAUUCAAAACGCUAGUAACAAUAAACAAACUUGGUCUGCUCUCAGAGAAAUAGUUGGUACCUCAAAUAAUAAAGUGUCACCUAAAGAACUCUUACAUAAGGGCGAUGAACCUUUUAAUGCCGUGACAGCUGUAAAUAAUUAUUUUGCAAACAUUGGCAGUAACUUAGCGAGUAACAUCGAACGCUCUUAUAGUAGUACCCUAUUAACUUCUAAAACUCCAUUCUUACCUAACUCUAUGGCCUUCUUACCGCCAGAUGAAGCUGAGGUUCGAUCAAUAAUUAAUAGCCUUAAAACUAAUUGUGCUGUUGGCUACGACAUGAUUUCUAGUAAAUUGUUAAAGCUAUCUAAGGACAUAAUCGUUCCUCCACUUACAAUUCUAUUGAAACUUUGUUUUGAACAAGGAAUUUUUCCCAAAGUUUUCAAAAGGGCUCUAGUAACUCCGGUCCACAAGGGUGGGAGUCGAGAGGAUGUCACAAACUACAGGCCGAUUUCAGUACUCACAUCAUUAUCAAAAAUAUUGGAAAUUAUGCUAAAUAAGAGACUUAUGAACUUUUUAGAAAAAUUCAAAAUUCUGUCUAAUAAUCAAUUUGGAUUUAGACCCAAAAAAAGCACUGUAGAUGCGGUACGCAACUUAACUGACUAUGUUACCAAUCAUAUUGAUUCUGGGCAUAAAUGUAUCGGUAUCUUUCUCGACUUAGCGAAGGCUUUUGACACUCUCUCGACACCAGCCCUGGUGGAGAAACUGGAAAGGAUUGGUAUAAGGGGUACUGCUUUGUCUAUAUACACUAGUUUCCUUACUGGUCGUACACAACAAGUCAAAAUUGAUAAUAUUAUUAGCAAUGAGGCACCUGUCACAUAUGGAGUACCACAAGGUAGUGGUCUGGGCCCGACUUUGUUUUUGAUUUAUAUUAACGACUUGUGUCAGAUGACUCUAACUGCUGGCAAAGUUUUUACUUAUGCUGAUGACACAGCUGUUGUAUUUCAUGGAGCAACUUGGGAGGAUGUACGGGAUAGGGCUCAGGAAGGGUUACUUAGGAUUACUGGUUGGCUACGGACAAAUCGCUUAACAUUAAAUAUUAAAAAGACAACGUUUUUACAAUUUACUAAUGCUAAAAUUAGUACCCCUGACGUGGAACUUAGGGUCCAUACAUGCCAUCCGUCUAUGACUGAUUCCUGUGCGUGCUUGUCUAUUUUGAGAUCCUCUACGAUCAAAUACUUGAGUGUUCUAAUAGAUGAUAAGCUUGGCUGGCGGCAGCAUAUUGAAUUAUUAACAGCGCGUAUUCGCAAGCUCAUCUGGAUUUUCAAGAAACUCAGAGAUGUAGUUGACCUCGAUACUUUGCGUAGCGUUUAUUAUGCUUUAGUUCAAUCUAUUUUGAGCUAUUGCGUGGUUGUUUGGGGGGGUGCCUCUAAAUCACAUAUGAUAUUGGUUGAGAGAGCUCAAAGGUCACUGCUUAAAACUAUGACAUACAGCCCUUACAGAUUUCCUACUGUGGAAUUGUAUAAGAAAUGCUCAGUAUUAACUGUUAGGCAACUGUUCAUAAUGCAGUCUAUUGUUCGUCAACAUCAGUACACGCCGUACGAACCUAGUGUGAGCAGCAGUAAGCGCGUGGUUAGGAAUGUUAUUGUGCUUCCCAAGGUUCGCACUGCUCUGGCUAGAAAACAGAGCAAUUAUCUGUCCAUUUAUUUGUACAAUCGGGCUAAUAGAAUAUUAAAUUACUAUACUCUAUCCCUGAAAGAACUUAAAGCGAUUGUGUUCAAGUGGCUGUCCUCGCUGGACUACCAAAAAACUGAAGAUCUCCUCAAGGCAUGCUGGAGUUAG